AUCUUUCCUCUCUUUCUACUCCCAAGAAGAAAAAACUCCGUUUCACAUUUCCUUCAAACUUUUGCUUCAAUGGCACCCAAAGCAGAGAAGAAACUAGCAGAGAAAAAACCCGCAGAGAAGAAGCCAGCAGAAGAGAAGAAGGCAGAGAAAGCACCAGCAGAGAAGAAACCCAGAGCUGAGAAGAAAUUACCAAGCAAAGAUGCUUCUUCAGCAGAUAAGAAGAAAAAGAGAUCUAAGAAAUCAGUCGAAACUUACAAGAUCUACAUCUUUAAGGUUCUGAAACAAGUUCAUCCUGAUAUUGGUAUUUCAAGCAAAGCUAUGGGUAUCAUGAACAGUUUCAUUAAUGAUAUCUUUGAGAAACUUGCUGCGGAAUCCUCCAGAUUAGCUAGGUACAACAAGAAGCCAACUAUUACUUCUCGAGAGAUCCAGACUGCUGUUCGUCUUGUUCUUCCUGGUGAAUUGGCCAAGCAUGCUGUUUCUGAGGGUACUAAAGCUGUCACCAAGUUUACUAGUUCUUAAAAAUAGGGGUUAGGGUUCCUGGUGAUUGUUCUUUCAUUUUCUGGGUGGGUUCAGGUACUAUGCUAGUAAAUUUCGUCUGUGUAUCUACUGUAAUGAAGUUCAAUUGAUGAAUGAAUCUAGUCUUUUUAACUAA